AUGCUCACAACCCAGCCACGCAGCUCUUUGCUCGCGUACAGCCAACGAGUUUGCUGGUCCACAGGCAGGCCAGGCCGUGAGCGUGGGCCGGUCGGGCCUGAUCCUGCGGUGAGCACUGGAGGGCUAUGCGGCUCGCUCCGUCAGCCGACUUGCGCCGUCGAGCGGUCGAGCGCUUCGGGUUGGACCCGCGGGAGGGUCCCUGCGCGGCUGACAUGGCCAGCCAAGCCGUGUGCGCUGCCGUGGGCGCUGUCGUGGGUGCUGCCGUGGGUGCUGCCGUGGGCGCUGCUGUGGGCGCUGCCGUGGGCGCUGCCUCGGUCAGCAGUCGGUCAGCAGUCGGCCGCCGGUGGCAAAUCGGGGGGGCGCGGGCCAUGGACGUCGUGGCCGAGCUUUGCUGCCUUCUUGCUGUAA